UACAUUCAUGCGCAGUGGAAUUAACAUCUGUAGGUAUAAAAUAGAGGAGCGAAUGUGUUUCGGUCUCUUUUCCAUUCGUUGUUGGGUUGUUUCAAUAGUUUGGGAAUAUACUAGUAGAACGAUGUCGGAAAACGCUGUGGUUGUAGAAUGUAUGAUGAAUGGCGAAGCUCACAUUGCGACUGAACAUGAUACACUGGAAAGUUUUCUUUUCACAUCAGAAUCUGUUGGAGAGGGACAUCCUGAUAAGAUGUGUGACCAGAUUAGUGAUGCAAUACUGGAUGCUCAUCUCACUCAAGAUCCUGAUGCUAAAGUGGCAUGUGAAACUGCAUCCAAGACGGGUAUGAUAAUGGUUUUUGGAGAAAUCACAUCUAAGGCCAAUAUUAAUUAUCACGAUAUUGUAAGAGAAACUGUGAAGAAGAUUGGAUAUGACAGCUGCUCAAAAGGCUUUGAUUACAAAACCUGCAAUGUUUUGGUGGCUGUUGAACAACAAAACCCUGAAAUUGCUAGAGGUGUUUAUGAGAAUAAGAAAGAAGAAGAAAUUGGAGCAGGAGAUCAGGGGUUGAUGUUUGGCUAUGCUACUGAUGAAACGGAAGAGUGUAUGCCUUUAACUGUAGUUUUAGCACACAAACUCAAUGCUAAGUUAGCAGAACUGAGAAGAAGUGGAGUUUUCUGGUGGGCUGGACCGGAUUCUAAGACUCAAGUUACUUGUGAGUACUAUUUUGACCAAGGUGCAGCUGAUCCAGUGAGAGUUCACACUGUUGUGGUUUCCACUCAACAUACAGACAAUAUACCAUUGGAAGAUGUACGUCACGAGGUCAUGGAGAAAGUCAUCAAGGAAGUAAUUCCUGCUAGAUAUCUUGACAAGCAGACAAUCUACCACAUUAACCCCUGUGGCAGCUUUAUUUUGGGUGGCCCGAUGGGUGACGCAGGCUUAACUGGCAGAAAGAUUAUUGUUGAUACCUAUGGUGGAUGGGGAGCUCAUGGAGGUGGAGCAUUUUCUGGCAAAGAUCCAACAAAAGUGGAUCGGUCUGCAGCCUAUGCAGCCCGUUGGGUGGCCAAGUCUUUGGUAAAGGCUGGACUGUGUAGAAGGUGUCUUGUACAGGUUUCAUAUGCCAUUGGUAUUGCUGAACCAUUAUCAAUAACUCUGUUUUCAUAUGGAACAUCGGAUAAAACUCAAAAAGAACUGUUGGAAAUAGUGAAGAAAAACUUUGAUCUACGACCAGGAUGUAUCAUUAAGGAGCUAAAUUUGAAACAUCCAAUAUACCAGAAAACAAGUACCUAUGGACACUUUGGGCGUGCAGAUUUUCCAUGGGAAAUUCCAAAAAAACUGAAGUUUUGAUGAGACAGCAUUUUUAUUUAAUUAAUACAUAAUUAGGGCAUUUUGGGGGGCCCAAGGGGUAAAAGAUCACUGUGAAUGAAUCACGGUAGGCAUGGUAUUGUUUAGUUUUCCAAAGUAUGAAUGUUGUAUUCUUUCAUGUUGGGUCAGAAGCAACUGCUUGAGAAGAAAAUAUUUUGGGGGACUUUCUUUUCCUGCCUGCUGCAAAUGUGUUACUUAGAAAAUGGCUAUUCUCCCAUGAGACUGAUUUUUAUACUCACAGGGGAAGCACAUUUGUCUUGUGUUUAUGAAGAUUUGAAUGGAAAAGAGCACUUUUCUUAAACACUCGGGUUCAUGCCACACUGGUCUGCUCAUCUUGACGCUUGUUUCUGACAUAUUUCUGUGUAUCUGUUAGGUUUUCAUGUAAUGAGCUUACAUACUGUAGGUUUUAGUUGAAAGGGAUAUUGGAAUUUAAUUUUUUUUAAUGGUUCUUUUUUAUACAUACAUGUUGCACUGGGUGAUAAAAGUUCAUUUACUAUAGACUGUCUUGACUUCAAAUUAAAAGUAAGUGUUCCAGUUUUGAAAGAAGUGUAUAAAUAUAGUAAGAAUUUAAAUUUAAACUAUUUACUGUACAGAUUCUGAAACUCAGACUGUUGCAGACAAAUAAAUUGGCAAGUUUUUAUUUUAUAUUUAUUUUUUUGUAAAAAAAAAAAAAAAAUGGGGGAGGGCAAGACUGUAUAACACAUGUCAUUAUCUUGUACUCUAUUCAUGUAUUAGUAAAAAAAAUAAUUUUUUUUCAAAUAUUAUUGAAUAUAUAACCAAUUCAUAAUAGGAAAAGAAAAUGCAGUUUAAACACUUCAUGACAAUUAUUUGUGUGCAAAUCUUUUAAUUUAUAUAUUGAUAUAAAUAUUUUAGCUUUCUUAGUUUAUUGCAUCCAGUGAUCAUUGGGACUGAAAAAAAGUAACUGUAGAUUCACUUGACUUUUCUAUUAAUUGUUUAUUGUAGCAGUUUUAAGUAGAAUAUACAGAAAUGGUCGGGAAAACAUUUGCUCCUUGGUUUAUACAUAUAUAUAUUUUUACAUAGACUGUACUAAACUAUCAUGCACUAUAUACAUCUUGAGUUUAUUCUCAUUCCAUUAGUGUGGGUUUGCCUCACUGACAAGGGCCUUAGGGGGACCUACAUCAUGUGCUUUUACUUUGGUUGUUGAACUACUACCUGUUCAAAUAGUUAUGCAGAAUAAGAGAAACUUUAAACAUGUGCUAUUUAACAUAUGCCAGUAUAACUUAAUUUUUUUAAGUUUUAGUGAAUGAGGAUAUUAGCCCACUAAAGAAAGGAGAUAUAAAUAAAAUAUCAUGUCUAUUCUUGACUUGUAAGUAAUUGAUCUUGAGUAAUAUUUGGAAUCAAAGUUUUGUUUAGCGUGAAGACUAACUCAUUUGGUUGAUGUUCUGUCAUAUUUGCAACUUCAUUUGAAUAAGGUAUGUAUACAAGUGUAUGUAACUUGGCACUGCCCUGGAUAUCAAUAAGGUAUGUAUGUAACUUGGCACUGCCCUGGAUCUAAAUUAAAGCUUUUUUGUGAAAAGA